AUGGAGACGCAUUUUGACAGUCUUCCUGUUGACAUACUUCUUCACCUUUUCAACUACAUGAAUGAAAAAGACUGUAUAACCUUUUCACUCUCAGGGGUGUCUGACAGAUUUUCAUGCCUAUGUGGAGAAAGAAGAACACUUUCAAUCCAGCAGUGUUACUUUGUCACCCAUAAUUUAUUCCAUACAUAUCUAAGUAGUUGGGUUAUCCCAGAAAUAGUUACAAGUUUAGAUACAAGCCACUGUUAUUGGCUGCCGAGUGACUUUCUAUUUGAUGCUGUAACUUCAAUGAGUCACUUAUCUUCUUUGCACAUUCAAGAUACCAAGCUUAACCUUUCACAUCUUUGGCAGAUAUUUAAAAGCUGUCAUCAUAUUGUAAAAAUUAGUAUUAGCUUGUCAGAGAAUGAUGAACCUAUUUUUGAUAAAAUGAAAGAAUUUGAAUCAUCAUCACUUCAAACAUUAUCUAAUAGUUUCUCAAAACUUACUCACUUAAAAAUCCUUGCAUUCAAUGGUGCUUAUUAUAUAGACUCUUGGUUUUUAAUGCUGCAGCUGUUAAGUUAUUGCCGAAAAUGUGUGGAUUUGCACCUGGAAAUUGUCUAUAGUGAAGAAUAUUUCAGAUAUGGGCCAUUCGGAAAGGAUGAUUAUGAUGAUGUAUUCGUCAAUCGUGCUAGAGAAAAAUUUUUCCCGAAUUUAAGCUGGAUGGCAUUAUUGAAAAAUUUGGUCAUUUUGAAAAGGGGUGGUUUAAUUUCAUACCCAGACGAAUGCGUCAAGGGGCUGGUUAAUUGGAUAUUUUCCCAAUAUGACAUGAGCUGCGUUGAGCGUGUCUGGAUUAUGGAAGAUGUUGGAAUAUCGCGUGAUACCAUCCCUUCAGGAAGUCAAAUAAAAUCAAUUUUAUGUGACGGUCAACUGUCAAGUUUUGACAGCGACGACGAUGGGCGAUUUGGCCAGUUGGAACACAUUGGCGGGAUUGGGCUAGAACAAUGGACCGUGUUGCCUAACCUUCGCUACAUUCAUGGCUAUUGCAUCAGUUCAGAAGGAGUAGACGAAUUGUGUAGAGCACACCCCAAGUUAGAGCAUUUGCAUUUGAAUGACAACAAUGGUUAUCCUUUUUGUAUGAAAGAUGACUGGAUGUUGAAUCAUUUGAAGACAUUGGUUUACAACUGUAGUUUUCCGAGAAAAGAUAUUUUAGAACUAUUUCUGAAAGCCACUCCUAAUCUUGAAGCGCUUCAUAUUGGUUAUUCAAAUCGAUCUGCUAUGGAUCCUUGGACACCACUGGGUUAUAAAUCUUCCCAAUCUGGUAUGACUGACUGUUUGAAAACGAUAUUACGUUGUGGCCGGUUGACUACGUUAAGCCUAAAUGCGUUCUGUUUGUUUGAAGGAGAUUUCUUUGAAACGAUAUUUAGUGGUUGCCCAUUACUUCGAAACCUUCACAUUUGCGGUGGUCUCAGUUGCGACGAAUCAUUCGACAAUCUUUGUCGCUACUUACCUCUGGCUGAAAAGUUGCGAGAUUUUAGAUUGCAAUACGCCUACGAGUACGAAGGAGAAAUUAUGCCGAAUCGGGCCGUGCUGAAUACUCUGCUCGACUGUAAAAGAUUGGAAAGGAUUGUUCUCUACGAGGAAGACGGCCCAAACAUUCCGUGGAAAAGUCAGGAACUUCAAGACGUUCUACUCAAAUUUGUAAGCAGCAUGCCAAAUCUCGUCUGUUUCUGUUUCAUCACGGCCUCAGAAAUCGAACCGGGAACGGUGGCCGAACUGAAAAAGAAAUUUGACGAGUUGAUUGUCCCAAUUCGACCGGCCUUUUGGUACCAUGUCGAUCAGUCCCUUCCCAGAGCGACGGAUCCCACAGUCCCUCGAAUUCAUUAUGAUCAGAUUGUAUCCCCAAUCAACUACUUGGAAAUGUCUCCCGAAUUUUGAUCGUAUACUUCAAAUGUAUUAAUUAUUAUUAUUAUUGUUCA